CAAGUUCUUUGUAAAAUUUAGUGUGUAAGAAACGGAUUAAAUAUGUAAAGUGGUACAAGAGCAGUCAAAUAAAUAUUGGGAAUGCCAAACAAUUGAAAUAGGUAACGAUGUCAGAGCAGGAUGGAAAUGAUAAUUUGGUGCCACUCCCACCCAUCGAGAAAUCGGAAUCCUUGUGUCUUCACACUGGAAAUUCACAAAUUGAAGAAACUAAACCAGAAGCUCUCGAUUAUAAUCAUAUUGAACCGGAAGACUUUGGCUUGGACGAGUUAAAGGAUGCUACGAAUGUCCCCUCAAAAAAUAUUACAAUCAACACGAUUGAAAUAUAUUCACCACCUAUGGAAAAAGCAAACAAAAGUUUUCAGGAUAAUGCCAAAUGUAGUGAUUUUUCGAAAAUCACAAACAAAACAAGUAUGCCAAACGAAAUCUCAAAAAAAUCUUUAGCCCAAUCCAGUUUUGUAUACAAACCGUUCGAUUAUACUCUGCAUGGCAUGACGGAUUUCGAACAUUUAAUCGAUUCUGAAAGAAACAAAAGCUCGGAAGCAACAGAUCCUGCUCUGUCUUUUGAGAAACAAAAGGAAGCUGUUGAAGUUCCAACAAAGAACAGUACGAUCACUGCGAUUAGAGCUCAAUCGUUUAAUAAUAAAAAAUCGAUCAAAAGACUCGACUGUUCUCAAAUUGAUGAACAGGAUGAUACCCUAGGUGAAGAAGCCGAUCCUAUUGACAUGUUUUGUUCCACAAUGAGAAACCCAGAGGAAUUGGUUUCCAUGUUUGCAGCAGAUGAGUCUGAAAUAAGCAUUCAGGAUACCCAAGAACCAAUUGAUUCCCAAGAAGAAAUUAAUUAUCAAGAGAGUAUGAAAAACGCUAUAAACAACCAGGAAGAAUUUAAAAAAAGCAAUGACAGGCACAAUGAAUCCUCAGAUUUAAAAAUUGGCAAAGGUAUUUGUGUCUCACAUGAUUCGCUGAAAAUAGCGGGCAAUGUUCCGCCAAUCCAAAAUUCUCAAAAUGAUUUGGAAGAAUCAGGGAAAGGCGUUGAUACAGGGAAACAUAUUGACACAUUGCUGAAAAACAAGACAAGCAGACUUUUGGAGUCUAGUCAGUUAUCCGACGACAAGGUCGCAGAUGUGCAAGUUUUUAAGCAUAUAUAUAAUGAUACAUUGGAAUCCGGGGAGAUAUUCGAAGAUGCCUCUCUGGAAGCGCAGCAAGAUCAGAUUCGACACGAACACAGAGCCUCAGAUCUGGAAGAUGGCGAAGUAGCUGGCGAUGAUAAUAGCCCAAGUGAUUUACCCGAUUUUCUGAAUAAGAAAGAGAUCAAGAGCAAGCUAUUGGAGUCUGGUGAGUGGUCCGGAGAGAACACUUUGGAAGACGGUGAAAUAUCUGACGAGGAUGACUAUGAACCAAGAGAUCUGCCCCAAAGUGAGGAGAGCUGUAUGCCAAUCUGCCGUUUUCACAUCCGCAACGCCUGCUCUUGGGGUAAUAAAUGUCGCUUCCGCCAUCCGGAGCCGAGCAACAAGGGUAACUAUGUGAUGUUUGAAAAGAAGUUUCUGCCAGAGGCCCCCCAUUCGAAUCUACCAGCAUGGCCUGCUUUAAUCACAACCAGUGUUGACGCCCACGCCCAUGGAGCUAAGAAUCUGAAUAGGGGACCUCGGAGCUCCGGGUUGAACGACUUGGACACCGAUCCCUACUAUUCAAAAGAUCAGUCGGAGGCCUCGGAGCGUUUUGCUUUGCUGCCCACGCCGACAUUCGAUGAGCUACUGAUGUCGCAGAAGAACUACCAGAAACGGUCAUUUCGCAGCACAGCGAGGACCUCCAAGCUAAGACCGAUAGCGUGGGAAAGUCGACUGAGCAGCAGUUCGCCCUCCAUGACCUGGCGGGAAUCGCACUCGGAUAGCAGCUCUCCUGAGGGAUCGCCACGCCGUCGUGGCAGGCACAUUCGAUCCACUAUCCGGACAACGACGACGCCUUCGUUGCCCUGCAGGCACUCGCUCAAACGCCAUCGAACUGCGAGCCUUUCUAGGUCCUCUGCCUGCAAAAUUCGGGGGCCUCGCACACCAUCUUGCAGCCCACCAAGGCGUUCCAGUAUCGUUGCUCGUCCCGAACCGAAGCGACAGCGGCCUAGCAAGAGCACUAUAAGUUCAAGUGAAUCCUCCGAGUCGUCUAGCUAUGAGUCCACCACCGAAAGCUCCGACGAAGUAUCGUCUUCCUCAGAGUCCGAUUCCAGAGGCACAAGCUCUAGGCGAACGGGAAUAACCAGCCAAACUGCAUUGGGAGCUUCGGCCAAAAAGGCAUCAAGGAAUUCAGAAAAACUUUCUUCGCGGGCACAAACAUCAUCGUCGAAAAAUCAAGAAAUAUCUACUCCACAACGACGAUCACGGUCUUCAACAUCUAAAUCGCACACACAAACUUAUUCGAAAUCUUCGACAAACACUCCGGCUAGAAAUCCGCUAAAAGUGAUUCCCAAUGCUCCAAAAAAACACCACAGCGCAGUGGAUAAUUCCUACAGUGUAAAAAAAAAACAGUCUCGACAGGAAUACUUACUCUUGCAACUUUUACGCGUGGAGGCGCAAAUCGCCAAAAAGAAGAAGCAGCGCAUGAAAGCUCUAAAGAGAUCAUAAUCUUAAUCCUGAUUUCAAUAUCAAUACCAUACGUCAUAUUGUUAGCUAUAAGAUAUUUUUCCUUCGUUAUCUAA